AUGGCUGAUGCUAUUUACGCAUCUUUAUAUACUUAUGAUCGUAAUAAAGGUGUCAUUCGAGCAUUUUGUGAGAGUUGGUGUCCAACCACAAACACCAUUCAUACUGCUUUUGGAGAGGCUUCCUUAUCAUUAUGGGACUUGCACAAAUUGGGUGGUCUUCCUCUUCAUGGUUGGUUUUAUGAUGAAGUCAUUCCUUCUACUAAAGAAUUGAUUGGCGUUGGUAAAUUACGCUAUCAAAAACCUCCAGCUCGUAAAGCCAAGAAGUCAACUCGUCCGAAGGCGACGCACAACCCAAUUGGGAUUGUCAAGAAACAUGAAACUUGGGCCUCGAGUAGAGCUAAAGCAUGCAAUGAACUUGGUGUUAAAGAAAAUCAUGAGGCUGAUACAUAUUUGGUUGCUUUCUUUUCUUGUUGGCUUUGUGUAUUUGUUUUUCCAAGCGUAGAGUCUAUGAUUCGACCUGAGACAUUUAAGAUUGCUAGCCUCAUAGCUACUGGCUCUAAAGGUGUUAAUCUUGCCAUUCCAGUGCUUGCUCAGAUUUAUCGAGGGCUUAAUCAGAUUGCCCUUUCCACUCAAGCUGGUUCUUCAGAUGCAUGUUUUCCUAUUCAUUAUGUUUAUGGGUGGUUGGGAUAUUAUUUUGAAACUCAUUUUUCAACUCCACAAGAAGUAAUAGGACCCUCGAUGGUGAAAUUCUCUGGAGAAGGUGGGGCUAAAUAUUUCAGUGAACCAGAAGCGCGUAAUUUGAUUCACACAAAGCUAGUGUGGGAUGCAAAUUUAUAUUCCAAGAAUCGAGGUGAGAUUAUCAUCGACACUAGACCACUAGAUCCUUUGCGACAUGAUUAUUUAGUUAGCGUUCGUUCAAGCUACUUGCCUGUCCGAUGCCACAAUACUAUUAUUGUGGAGCCAUAUAUUCCUCAUCGUUUUGGAAGACAAUUCGGCUUUUGUCAAGAUGUUCCUGGAAAUCUUAAGAUUAAUAUUCGCUCAGGCUCAGUGGAUGACUUAUUGAAAUUUUGGCAAACUUGCACGCUUUCUAAUACUCAGCCGAGAUUAAUUUCUCCAGCUCGUCCCUUGAAUAUUAAUGAUCAAGCCACUGCGAGUUAUAUGGAAUGGUGGUCCCAAGUUCAUAAUCCUUACCUUGAACAUAGUAUUGAAGCUUUGAUCUUUAGUACCCAUCAAACUCCAUCCAAGCGCUUAAGACAACAAAAGGAAAGGCCUUCUAAAAUAGAACAAGGUGAGAAUCAAAUGCUUGUUGCAACAAAUCUUUCUAGUAGAGACAAACGCAAGGUACCUUCGAAAGCAAAAAGCCUUCAAUUACUUCCAAAUACUGAACAAGGAAUUCUUGAAAAAAAUUUUGGGCACCAAGGUACAAUAGCUAUUGAAGAUUCUGAUAGUGAAACCGAUCGUGAUAAACAUUGA